CUCAGUUUGACACGCACCGGUGUAGCGCGCGUUUCGCUCGCGAUUUUCCCGAACGCUGUUCGCCCACCUGGUGGAGGGUGAUUUAAAGGGCGCGUGCCCAACGUUUUGGUGCUGGGGGAGAAUUCGUCUCGUGCUGUGUUUUGUUUCCUCCCCAUUCGCCGUCGAGCAACAGUCGGCGCGGCCAUGGUUUGCGACGCGAUUGUACGCGCGUAGAGCGUGUUGUCCUCGGAUCGCGCGUCUGUCAGUGUUCGCCUGGUGCGUCCGAUCGUCGGUUCUCCGAUCUCGGAUUUGACACGAUGGCCACCGAGAUCCCGAAGGUAGAAUUCGCCCUCGGCAGCGAGGUGUCGCCCGGUCGCUUCUUCAAGAGCGCGUUCGCGCGCAACUUCAUCAGCAACAGCCGCGACUGCAAGUCCCUGGAUUACGAGCUGCUCGAUAAUGCCUGCGCCGCGAACUCGGAGGAGGACCGCAACAACAACGCUCGGAACAACAAUUUCUUCUCGCUCGUGAAUUUCGCAGACGGUAGGCCGGCAAGCGGCGACGACGCCGCGACGCGAGCCGCCGCUCUCUGGGAGCAGUCGAAGCCGAAGGAGGCGGCGCAGCCAGCAGAUGCGAAUGAAUUGGAGAAACUUCGAAAGCAAUGCCAGCUGCUGAAGAAGGAAAACCGGAGGCUGCAGAGCGCCUUCCUGCAGAACGUCUUUCUUCAGGCGCGAGUCGACACGCUCCAGUGGCAGGUCAAACAGGUCGAGUCGAACCGGCAGAUGUAUCGCUCGACGAUGGAACAGGUCGCUCAUUUUCUGGGCCGGGCGCACAGGAGCCUCGAGAUCCUUCACGCCAAGGAAAACGCCAAGGACAAGAGACGCGUGCCGCGUAGUCGCAGCGUGCACACGGUGGUGCACGCGGACCCGUCGCCGAGUCGCGGCACCGCGACGCCGUCGUCCACCUCGUCGACGAUGUCCUCGCCGUUUACGCGCGCCAAAUCGGUCACGCAGAUCGGAUCGCCAGGCGCUACCUGCUUCCGCGAGUUCACCUGGUCGGUUCUGCGGAGGAACGACCCGGUGCACUGCACGUCGCCACGUGCCAAGCCGCCGCAGGAUCGCAGCAAAACGAGUGACGUUGCGAACGAUAACGUCGCUUAUCGAGAACCGAAGCAGCCAGAACUGAACCCGGACGAAAUACCGCCGGAGAAGCUGUCGCAGGAGGCGUUUAGGUUGCUGAGGACUGUUGAGUCUUUGCUGUCGAUGCGAGAGCCCGAUCUGGCGAGAGUGACUUCGGUCGAAGAUAACGGUUCCUGUCCUUCCCCGAUACCGGAUCAUCAUCGUCAUCAUGACCUGUCCCUCUCCCUGCCGAGCGGCAACUUUGCCAAUUCAACGACCUUGCAAGAGGCCGCGGCGUAUGCUGGAUGCGCCGGUCGCGGGAACGAAUCGAGUAACGGUCAACCGGGCGACAGCCGAUCGCCCAGUCUCGUCAAGCCGUCCGUCGCCGAGCUUGCGCGGAACUUGCAGGCCUUCGUACCGGGCGUGAGAAGAUCACCCGACACCGCAUCCUGGAACUCGAAUAGCAGUAAGACGACCGAGGACGAGGACGCCAUCGCGCUUGCCGCAUCAUCGUCUAACGGGGCCACGACAACCGGCACUCCGACCUCGACGCUGGGAAGAGCCGCGAGGCGGCUGGAAAAACGGGAAGAGAAGCUUGGGAAGACCAAAGUGAAACCGGCCAGCAGUCCGGUGAGCAGCGCCGAAGGCGAGAGCGGAUUCUUCUCGAUCAGCUCCUUCCAGGAAAUCGGCCUGCCCUCAUCCUCGUCAGCCCUGCCGAUCACGCCCGUCAAGGGCUGUCACACCGAGGUCGGCCUGCCAGAGGUGCCCCUUGACAAGGCCAGACAUCGACGGUGGUCCUCGACGCCGGCGGAGAUCCAGGCGCUCUUCAAGCAGCAUCGCGCGAGCUUCGGUGGCACGCCGCAAACCGCCGGCGAGGCCGUGAGCGUCUGCUGGGUUUGAAGCGCGCGAGCGCACGUCGAACCUGAUCCCACCGCAAACGAUCGCUCACGGUCUCCGCCGGGCAUCUGUAAUCGCAGAUUACAGAUUGCCCGCGAGCUUGAGCAAAACACGAUCGAUUUUCAAGAACGAUACUUAGGUAGGCCGAUAGGGAACGUUCGGUAUGUAAGCGGUGAUCGUCUGUAAAUAAUUUCCCACAGAGUCGCGCGCGGUUCUCCUCCGUCGCGUUUCCUGCGUGACGCGGCCAUUUGAUAAGUGUAGAAGCUGAAUAAUAACAUACUUUCGACAGUUUGCACAAUCUCAGCCAUAUCUGCCGUAGCUUCGCGAACUCCGUGCGUAUCAGUAUCGAUGAAACUUUGCCCGUCUGAACACGCGCGAGCGCCACGAUUGUCGGUGACCUUGUAUAUUGCAAUUCUGACGUGAAGAAGGCCUGGCAUGGAAGUGCUUUCUGCGAUCAACAAUCUAUUACAUCAUCAUUGAACAACUAAUUAGUCGCUAUUUAGAAAAUCAAAUGUCAUUGGACUCUGGAAUGAAUAUGACCUAGUUUUUGAACGUAAAAAAGUAAUUUUAUUAAUUUAUGCCGCUACUGCGAUAGUUUAGAUUAAAAGAGAUUAGCGUAAUUCGAUUUAUUAAACGCAACAGUCUAGAUUUGAAAGAAUAUCUGAAGUAUGUAUAGGAGACACGAGGUAUGCCGCGCUACCAUAAUCGAUGUAUUUGACUUUAAAUGCAAAUGCUUUUAAAGUUGGCAGGAGAUGAACCUACGCUUCGUACUGCAUAAUUUUAUAUCGUUUUAUUUCUAUGAUUCCUUCAUACGUAUUAGUAUAUUUUCAAGAUAUUUUCAAUUCGCGAUUUUCCACCUGUUUAAAUUGAAAUUGUUAUGCUCUCAUAUGGUACUACCUAGUGUGAGUUUAGUUCAUGGUGCGACAUUUAAUUUUUCUCAUCUGUUGACAGACUGAUUGACGGACAAAAUUGCAACUAUUUGCUCUAUUUUAUUUCAUGCGGGCAACGUAUCUCUUAAUAAUGUAAUAAAAUAGCAUGAUUUGAAACUUUGUAAUUUUAGAAUUUACAACGUCGCUACGCAUACGUAUUUCUCAUUGUGCGUAUAAUUUGUCAUUUUCUUUCGUAAUUAUAUAAUAAAACUAAAUGUCUUACAUGC